AAUCAGCUAAUGCCAUCUUGUUUCCUUUUCUUUUCUUUCUUGUGAAUAUUACUUAAAUAAUAUGUAUGGCUUUAGACCCUGCAUGACCUGCAAGGGCACCUGUCUGGUUAUAGUAUUGAAUGAAAGGCAACAAACAACAUAAGCACAACACAACACUGUACUCACAAAGAAAUGCUGUCCAUCAGUGGUCCCAAAACAUCUAUUUUCUGUUCAUAUUUGAGACAGAAGAAGAAGAAAAAAGGGAAAGGCAGUGCAGUCUCUUAAAUGUGAUUUGCAUGUGAGAUUAUUUUGAACCACUCUGGAAAAAAAGUCUUCAUGAAUAUGACUUAAACGCUCUUUUCCUUAGUUAAGAAGAUGUCACUUUCUCUCAGUAGAAGGGCGAAGGGUGUAGUUCACGGUCGUGCUGACGUUCUCAAUCAGCACUCAAUGAGGAACACCUGUCCAGCAUUUCCUUCUCAAUCUGGGAUUGGCAGCAGAAAACUUCCUGUUUUGUAUUUAAUAUGAUGCUGAGACCAGAAGAUGUAAUUUCAGCUCACAAGCAAAAUGGCUACUUGGGUUCUUCCAAGUCAGUUGCUCCUCAUUGCACUGUGCAGCUGGAAUGUCCUUUGCUUUCCUGCUAAAAAAGGCUGGAGCCAGCAUGACCCUUAUGAGGGCAGUUUGCCUAACAUGGAGGUCCGAGCUGCUCCGGCACUGUUUUCCAGGUUGAGUUACCCUGCUGUGGAGGACGUAGUGUAUUCUAGUCCUGGUGCCUAUCCAGCAAGCUCCAGCCUCUCUCUGGACAUGUCCAGUGAGGCUUCAUGGAGUGCUCCUCCUGUUUGGGAUCCUGUGGAAGAGUCUGCGGCCGCAUCCAGAAACUCUAUGCCCACACCUUAUAUCGGCCCUCCCCCUUUCUUUCAAGCAGGCGAGCUUAACCACUAUGAAACAAACUUGGAGCACGGCAAUACAGACAGGGAAACUGAGGAGCUAAACUUUCCCGCACCACCACCACAACAACCUCAACCUCUUCCAUAUCCUGGCUACCAGGCUGGUGAGUUGAGUCGGUACACGUCGGACCUUGAGCAUGGAAAUGGAGAGUGGGAAACGGUAGAACAAGGUUACAUGCCACCGCCUCCCUAUGCCUCAGCGCCGCAGGGAGUUGAGGUGUCUGCUGCUUCCACGUCGUUCCCCGCACAGCCAGUUCCACUCGCGCUGACACCAGUUGGAUGGAGCCAGUACUACCUCUUCUUGACUGGUCAGCUUCCUUCUGGCACGUAUACUCACUUUUAGGAAGAUCAUGAGAAAGGCAGAGACUACUUGGACGAAGCCCAUUAUGAGAGAUCCCACAACCCCACUCGGCCUCAGCAGACCCAGGACCAUAGCAAAGCUUAACCAGCACUGUUGGUCGUUAAAACAACUAGAAACGGAUCAGAAGAACGGUGACUCUAGUCUUCUCUGCAGUCCACUCACAGUUUGUUUGUGUGAAUUUUGAAUAAAAUGCUCAAUAACCUUGUGUUCUUUUCUAUGUGGUUCUAAUUAACUGUUUCAAAUCUGAGGUGGGAGUUUAUUAAAAUGUCUCAAGUAAGUGGCUAUGGAUACUAAUCCUGGUGCUGCCUGGGUCCAGACUUUAAACUGUCACACUUUCAGUCAGGGAAAUUUAGUUUUUUUGUGGUACCUCACACAAACAUCGCGGUAAUAUGAGUCAAACUACCUGCAUAAUGCCUGUUUCUUAUCUCCUGAGAACAUUACACACGAUUUGCCGAGCUACAAUUUUUAUUUAUUUUGUUUUGGUGGCUAAGUCUGACUUUGCUUUGUGUAUCCUCUAAAAGCUAUCAAAUGUUUUUUUUUUUUUUAAGGUUGCCUAAAUGCCUGUGGAACAAUAACACAGUAAAGCCCCUUUUCACAACUGAAACAAGUUUUCUGUGCUU